AUCACAGGUCGACGCACGUCUGCAGUGCGUUGGCCGGCGGGGCCUGCACCGUGAGGUCCGGCAACAGGCUCACAGUUAUUAGGUAUCGAAAACGGACUGUCCGUCGAUCCACAUAGAGUGUGCUUCUGCCAGAGCUGGCCUCGCGAACACCCAUGACGAGGUCAACUCCUAGAAGCUUGUCACUUGUGGCAAGAGAGCAAGAACAAGCAGGCAAACGCAGCGGCAAACCAAACGAACGAUUCCGCACGAGGCUCCCGCGCGUCGGCCGUGGUAUGGAGCCCCCGGCCGAGACCAUGAGCGACCGACGAAUCAUCGUCUCGAUAGACUUUGGGACAACCUACUCGGGGGUCGCGUGGGCAGAAACGUCCCGGCCAGAUGUUCAACACGUGAUAUCCAGUUGGCCAUCGGCCAACUCCUUCCAAAGCAGCCUCAAGGUGCCGACGGAGCUGCGCAAGGUGGCAUCUGGCUGGCAGUGGGGGUUUCAGAUCCCCGAGGCGGCCAAGCGGUACCGCUUUUUUAAGCUGUUGGUCGACCUGCGCUGUGCAAGCCGUGAGCCCAGGGGAUUAACAAGUUGAUGCCAGGAAACUAGACGAGCCGCAGAGGGCUAACAAGGAUGGCGAGACUCCGCAGGAACUGACGCGCAUAUACCUGUCUUGCCUUCAUACGCACUUCAUCAGUGUGUUGGAGAAGCGCCUGUCGCCUACAGUCGUACGGUCAACGCCAAUGGACUUUGUCGUGACGGUCCCCGCCAUCUGGUCCAACGCGGCAAAGCAGGCCACCGAGAGGGCAGCUGCCAUGGCUGGCUUUUGCGGCAAUCAGAGAAUCCAACUGAUAUCCGAGCCGGAAGCCGCGGCGCUGUACACCAUAAAGUACCUUAGCCCGUCCAUUCUGCAGCGCGGUCGCAAAUUCGUAGUGUGUGACGCUGGCGGAGGGACAGUUGACCUCAUCACGUACGAGAUCACGCGGGUAGACAAGCUCGAGGUCAAGGAGGUAACCGUGGGUACUGGAGGCAAAUGCGGUUCGUCGAUGCUCAACAAGAGGUUCCGCCGAUUCCUCAAGCAAACCCAUGGCGACAAGUAUUGGACAGACGAGCGACUGGUGAUUGCUUUGAACGAGUUUGAAUCGUUCAAAAAAGACUUCUCACCAAAGGGCGAACCUCUCACCAUACGGGUCGAUGAGAGCCUCGGUCUGAGACGCAACCGCUUCACGGUUCCGCAAGAGGAGAUGACCUCGCGGAUAUUCGACCCGAUCAUGAAGGACGUCAUCUGCCUCGUCCGCGAGCAAAUAGCAAUGGCGGGCGAUGACAUCGCGGCGGUCGUACUCGUUGGCGGCUUCGGCCAAAGUCGAUAUCUCAAGGCACAGGUUCGAGACGCGACUCCCGCAGGCAUCAGGGUUCUGCAGCCCGAGAAUGGAUGGAUAGCUGUGGUCAAGGGAGCCGCGAUUCACGGCCUCAACCAGAACCAGCCGAGGUUGGCAGAGGUAGGGGUGGCCUCUCGAGUUGCCCGUAGAUCAUACGGAACUUGCCUGCUCGCCAAGUACGAUAUGAUGAGACACGAUCCAAGAGAAGCGUUCUGGUCCGCUAAGGAAGAAGAGAUGGUUGUGACGGAAAUGUGCUGGUUCAUCAAGAAGGGUCAAUCCUAUCCAGAAGACAGGCCGUCAUCCAUCGAGUAUCAGUGCGACAUCCCCGUCGGCAUGGGCCAUCUCCCCCAGACAGAGAUUGAGAUCUUCAGCAACGACGAUGAGGGUGAGCCGCCCGUCCACGUCAAUGCAAGAACCCGAUGUGUCGCCACGCUGUCACUUGAUCUGGAGAAAAUCCCCAAGUCGACCAUGUUGGCGGCCGGGAAGACACGGAUGGGCUGGCACCGGUACUAUUGCCUGAGCGGUGUCAUCGAAGCCAGCUACGGGUCAGCCAUGGUGACGUAUACAGUGAAGCUCGGGGGCGUUACGCAUGACGCCAUAACGGUCCGAUACGAGGAUUGAGCGCCAGCGCAUACCAUGUCGGUAACGGAUGCGAACAACAGCAGCAGAAGUCCAAGGAGGGAAGAGUAUGGGGCCAUGAAUAGCAUGCUGGUAGCAGAAACGGCAUUUCAGAAACGGAGUUGAAAAGAGGGUGAUUCGACUGCCUGGUUUAUUCGUAGCUUCUGUGGUGGUGGUUUACUUCUUGCCAUGGUCAAUAAAAGAGACUAUUGAUCACGUG